AUGACUUACGAAGAUUUACCAUGCUAUUUUGAAGCGUUGCCGGGAUACUUUAAAGCCUUCGAAGAGAAAGAUUCCCUUGGCAUCGACUCAACGAUCCAGGAUCCAACUGAAUUCGCAAGUCACACCAGCUGGGAAGAUUUAUAUCAUUCGAUCCCCUCAGAUACAGAGAAAUACCACUAUAAACUUCUUAUCUUGGCAAGACAUGGUCAGGGCUAUCACAAUGCAGCGCUUGCCCGCUACGGCUUAGCACAGUGGGAAGGCCACUGGUCAAUGCUUGAAGGAGAUGAAUACGGGAGCUGGGUAGAUUCAAGAUUGACGCCAGUGGGUAAAAAACAGGUUCAAGCAACCGGUGAAGAACUGUUUUCACCGAUUGUCAAAAGUUUGGGCUCUUUUCCUCACAUAUUUUUCAGUUCUCCCAUGAGACGCUGCUUGGAGACUUUUGUAGGAUCCUGGACCCCGAAUUUAGCAGAACAUAAGGAAUUGGCUCGAGAUGCUGUCAUUCCAGUAAACAUCAUAGAAGAGCUCAGGGAGACACUCGGUGAACACUACUGCGACAAGAGAGUUCCUCAUAGCGAACUUAUCGAGGAGUACCAAGAUUUCAAGACUACUUCUGGCCACACUAUCCAAUGGAUAUUUGAAGCUAACUACCCAGAACAUGACACCCUGUGGUUACCGAAUGUUAGAGAGAGUGUCGGAGAUAUGGAUCAACGUGUAUGCAAAGGAUUGUUGAAAAUGUUCAAUCAUGUUCAACCUCACCAGAAAAUUGUUUCUCUUACUUGUCAUUCAGGUGUUAUUCACAGCACUUUGCGUAAUCUCAGACACCCCAGAGUAAAUUUUUUGAAUACUGGUGGCAUUGUCUGUGCAGUAGUUCAACUUGAUAUUGAUAAGAUAAAUACGUUUAAGUAA